CUAAAACUGGCUUUUUAGGCUUACUGUCAUAUUUUUAGAGGUUCAUAAAAUUUUUGCUCAAUAAUGUGGUGGCUUCUUUUUCUUCAGCAUUAAAGAAAUUGAAGGUUGGCUCUGGAAUGGUGAAUUCCAUGCCAGCUUCAAGAUUGCCAGGAUCGGAGAAAACUAAGGAGGCUUCUCUUGGUCGACGAAUUCUCAAGACAGCUAGAAGUGGAGAAUCCAGUACGAACUCCCCCUCAACACGACGAACCAAAAGUGCUAUGUUGGAUGCAUACAAAGCCAAAAUGGAAAACAUAACUGCAAAGUUUGGAUCUGGUCAAAGCUCAAUGGUGUUCAAGAAAUCUGGUUUUGAGGACUCUUGUAGUCAUGCCAUUAGCUCUACACCAUCCCCUAAACCAUCUUCUUCAGUUUCUUUCACUGGCGCCAACAAUUUAACAAUUUCUUGUUCUUCACCUGGCACGCCUGGUGGUGCUUCAUCCUCUAAAUCUUCCUCGAACUCUUUGAGAAGAAAAACAUAUUCCAGAAAAACUAAAAUGGAUGUAUCUGUUUCAACCUCUAAUACUCCUUCAAGAUACUCCGCAAGAAGCAAAAUCAGGUCGGAAAAUCCUAGUCCUCUCUCAACGCAUUAUAAAUCCAUUUCCUCUUGCACUUCUCUUGCUAGCUCUAUCGAUGGUUGCUCCUCAGAAUCAUCAUCAUCGGCUUCCACUGCCAAUCAAAGAUCUAGCAAUUCAAAGUCUAUUCUUAAUACUACUAGUAGAGGGCCACUACAGUUGCAGAAUCACCCUCGUGAUCAAUCCUCUCUUCGUGAAGGAAGUCAAUCCAUUGUUUGUGUCCAAAACGCUUCAAGGGGAACCGAUACUGUUGCAGCAAAAUCAACAAGGGAUUUCAAACCUUCAGGGCUUCGAUUGCCAUCACCGAAGAUUGGAUUCUUUGAUGAGGAGAAACACAUGGUGCCAACAGUAAGAGGAAGUUCUCAGCUUGAUUUUGAAGUACGAAGUGCUUUGCCUUGUAUUGAUAGGGAUACAAAGAACAAAACGGAUGAUAUGCUUCAACCAGCAAGAACUUUACUCGAGACUCUGCAUAUGAAGCCCGGUUCUCAGCAAACUGGAGUGCUACAUCUUUCCUCGGGCAUGAAGCCUAGGAAUGCAGCACGAUUUCAAGAGCUAGAUAAUGCUUCUAAAGUGUCCGGCACAUCAAGGACCAAAAGAAAUUGCUUAGACACCUCCCUAAAAGCUCAAAUCGAUACAUCUCCUGCAGUGGACAGUGAGAAAUGCUUGAAAACUAGAAAAGUGACUGCAGGAGGACUGGAUGCAAGAAAAUUUAGCCCACACUCUAGUUUGAGAGAAGAAAGGAAAGGAAAUGGAGGGAUUUUGAAGAAUAAAACAAUCAUAGAGAGCAAAUGGCACAUCCGCUUAAGAGGCAAUAAGAUCAGUACCAACAAAGGUGAAACUGGUGUCCACAGUGAAGAAAGCAGCCAGAACCAUCCUGAGAAUGAUCUGCAUUUACUUCAAAAAACCGAAACAGAAAAUUUAUCUGAUUUUGAAGAUCAAGUUGAUGGUUUAAGAAAAUACUUAGAAGUCAUUGAUCUCAGCAAGGACUUGGUGACCGAGCACAAACGGAAAAGGGGUUGCUCUUACUCCCAUUGUUAUGACAAUUCCCUUGAAAAUAGAAGCACGCUCUAUCUUCCCACAAGUGUUGAGUUUUUACCUCGCACAAGGACUCCAUUGGCAGAGAAGAAUUCUGUUUGCAAUGGAGGUGGGGUGUUUGGUGGUUUAACAGAAUCAACGACAGAAAAGGCGGCGGAGAAGGCGUCAGCUUUACCCUCUUCAGAUAGCACUCAGAAGGAGAAUAGCUGAGCCUUUCGAGCUCAAUACAGGACUUUGGAGAUUGGAGUAAUGAAUAUGGACACGCAUUGGAGAUUGGAUAUGAGAAAACUUUCAGAUUGCACAUACUCUUGUCGAUUCGAAUGGAAUAUUAAACAAAAGAGGUCAUUUCUUGAAAUAAAAAUCAGUAGUUUCAUGAUUUAUUUGGAAAUGCAAUGAAAAUGGCAUAAACAUCAGAAGGCUUUUAAACUUUUGUAGUCCGAAUUGAUGACUUUUCCAUGUGUUUUGAGUUGUAGUUGUUCUAUGUUUCAUAUAUUUUCAUUCUGAUUGUGAAUUUGUGAGAUUGGUUAGUUGUGCAAAAGUCCACUCAGAUGCUGGAUUUGUAUUUUGAUUAGAACUCAGGUAAACUCUAUUUUUUUUUUUUUUUUUUUUUU